UGGAAGUGAGGGAGGGGUGUGUAUGUGUGUUGGGUGGAGAAGUUGGAAUGUGUCUGUGUGUCUUCCGGUUUCACUGCUGUCUGACUUGUGGGUUGAUGUGUGUUAAAUAUUUCCGGUCAUAGGAAGAUGUAGGCGCAUCUGAUGAAUGUUUAAGACUCGAUUACGACGGGGCGUAAUGAAUGUGUGUAUCAUUUGAGGCGACAUCGCAACACCAACAGCGUUGGAGAACGAGAGAGAACGAGAGAGAGAGUACUGCCAUGACGCGUAUGUUCUGUGUUGGGUCGACCUCAUCGACGACUAUGGAUUGUUUUUCCUCUUUAUCUUCAUGGCUAAUCCAGGAGGAAGAGGAAUGAUGUCCAUGCGAUUGGCGACGAACACGAUGACGAGGAGACAAAAAAGAGGACACCAAGAGGAACGCUCCUCUGGUAAGACGGUUCAUCGAGUCAUCGUCUAGUGAUAAAAAAGGGACUCUUCCGGUCUGCUGUCAGUCUGUCAGCAAUGUGCUGCAGACUGUGACACCGGCCAGAAAUCCUUUUGGACUCUGAAAUUGACUUUUCGCAGUCCGCUCAGCAGAGAGGAGCAGACGAGGAGUCUGCGGUGGCCCGCUUUCCUCGCAUCCUCUCUUGCCGUCUGUACACUAUGAGAUUAUUCACUUUUUUCUGUUGACGUAUUCGUCAGAGAGCACGUGCUAUCUCUGCCGCAUCGCACCUUUUAUCUCUCGAGGAGUUCGUGAUACCAUGUGCGAGUUAUGAUGGAAAGGUCGGACAUUGAUGACUCGUUUUUUGGAGCGGAAGGCGAGAGAGGGUGUGUGUGUGUGUGUGUGUGUGUGUGUGAGAGAGAGAGAGAGAGAGAAUCAGAAUCUCCCCUUGCGUUGUAGGCUGACCUGCGCUGGGAGGUCGCAGAUUUGAGAGAGAGAAAUAGAGAGAGAAUCAGAAUCUCCCCUUGCGUUGUAGGCUGAUCUGCGCGGGGAGGUUGCAGAUUUGAGAGAGAGAGAGAGAGAGAGGAUUCAAACAUAAGGAGAGCGCUGUUGGUGUCUGGGGAAUUAGGAAUAAUGCGGUGAGCGAAGGAGCUCUGUCCUUCGCGGACAUUAUAUUUUCGUGAAUGUGAUGUGCGGAGAUUACAAUAAAGAAAGCUGACGUAAUUUAUGAUUUGCCAAUGCGCUUUUUUUUCUUUUUUUUUUUGGACCAAUGCGCUUUUAUGCUCGACCAUUGCCUGGCCUUUGUCGCUGUUUCCAUUUCGGAUCUUCUUGUCCAGAUAACCGACUUCGAGUGCAGCGCUUGUCCAGGCUCGUCUUUUUUUGCGAACCCCAAGUUCCCUAGUAGUCGCAUUAGAUAGAUACCCCACAACAAACACAUCUACUACGGUAUUGCCUCCUGCCGAGCGGAGGCGCGAGCGAGGCCUUCUUCGCUCCCGAUUGGAAGAUCCUCCCACCCAUCUUGUUUGCUUCACAAGUCCAUAUCCAAGGCGAGGAGCGCGGUCUUCUCAAGUCCUUCCGACGCGUACCUUCACUUUGCGGAGAAGAGCAUUGCCGUCCACCGACUGACAUGCGAAGUGUGUGCACACAACUCGAAGAAACUUUUACGGUCCUGGUCCUACGACUGGUCCAGGUACGAACCAAGGGUAUCCAUCCAAGCUUUUCAUGGUUCAGGAAACACUUUGCAGAUCGAGUAUAUACGACUGGUGGACAUGGCUAUCCGCGAUCGAACACUGCUGCUGGGCUACAGAGUACAAUAUAUGUAUGGGUGCGCGGAGAAGUUUUGCUGGAGUCAGACGCGUGCUUUUGUUAACGCUGCAGCACCCACUCGCAAGCAGCUCGUAUUAUUGCCCUUAAUCGAGCAGCAGGAGAGAGCAAGUUUAGUCUUCCACGUUCAGGAGCGUGCGUCGCUUGAAUCGUGUCUCGUGUGUUUGUGUGUGUGUGUGUGUGUGUGUGUGAGAGAGAGAGAGAGAGAGAGAGAGGGAGAGAAGGACAUAUGGGUGGUGGCUUGUCGAGAUUGGCCGUUGUGUGCUAGUGAAUGGCACGAAAGGUAGUAGUGUGGUCUUUGUUGUCGUUUGCAGUUUUUUUUUAUCGAACGGGCUUUUGAACUUGUUCUCUCCUUUUUUAGAUUUUGCUAUUUUGGUGCUGGUUGGGCAGUCGCGCCUUCUGUAGCGAAGGAGCGAUCCACGGUGGGGAAAAAAGAAACAGGUCUUUUGGUGGGAGAUUAUGAUGACGACAACCUUUGUGUAUUUCCGUAAGUGGGACCGCGUAUAACCCCCCGCUUAUGUUGGUGGGGUCAGUAGUGAAGAUGGGGGGUUCAUCCUCUGCAGCAUCAGAUCUAUUCUGUUCUGGGCACUCUAAUAAAGAAAGGUGGCUCUGUGAAGAGACAGUAGUAGAUAACAACAAUCUCUAUAGACGAAAUAGAGACGAAGAACGCGAAAGAUGGAAAAGUGAAAGAGGGGCUUUUCUUCCAUUUGUUGUCGACGUCGGUUUUUUUUUUCCCAGCUCGGAAGUUCUUUACGGAGCCGUUCUCCGGUUUUGCUUUUCUGUCUUUGUCGGUCGAAAACGUCUAUUCCUCUAGAGUCUAAACACGAACGGGAAGGUCGCACUCGCUCGCCCACGCUUUAUAGCGAGAGAGAGAAAGAGAGAGAGAGAGAGAAUGUGGGGUUCUGUUUGACACACACUCCUCCUUGGGACUUGUGGCAAUUCUUAUCCUCGUCUCUACUCUACCCUACUCUCAUGGCAAGUGCUCUUCCUUGUAGACUUUGCGGAGUAAACCACAUCAUCUGCACUUUCCUGCACUCUCUGUCAAGAUUGAUCAACCGGGAACACUAGAGUUGUUCCGUCUGAACGCUCAAAUUCAUAAAUUGGAAGCCACCUGUUCUUUCUGCUAUGGGGAGGAGUGAAAGUACACAGGUAGGUUUCUCUUCUGUACAGUGUCUGAACAUUACUCCAAUGGCAACGA